GCAGCGACUGCUUCUGCCCUACUUCGCGCGCCCCGGGAUGGCGUCGAACGUUCCGCGAAAGGACUACCACUACGACAACGUCUGAGGAGAAGGAGGUUUCUUUUCCAACGGAGCCGGCCUGGCAGGAGAAGCCGCUGUCAAGCGAAGAUAGGCGGCAUGGUACCACUCUGGCCGUUGGGGACUUUGUGGCUGGCUUAUUUCGCGGCUCGGGGUGUGGCGAGCGACGAUGCUCCAUUGAAGUGCGAAGAUCUGCGAAUCGGCCAAUAUAUAUGUGAAGAUCCUAAAAUAGACAAUGCAACCCAAGAACCCAUGAAGUGUACUAACCACACUGCAUAUGUUGCCUGUCUUCCAGCCCCAAAUAUUACUUGUAAAGAUUUCAGUGGAAAUGAAACUCAGUUUACUGGAAAUGAAAUUGGAUUUUACCAACCUAUUGAGUGUCGAAGUGUAAAUGGCUACUCCUAUAAAGUAGCAGUAGCUCUGUCUUUGUUUCUUGGCUGGUUAGGAGCAGAUCGGUUUUAUCUAGGAUAUCCUGCAUUAGGUUUGUUAAAGUUCUGUACAGUGGGAUUUUGUGGAAUUGGUAGUUUGAUUGACUUCAUUUUGAUUUCAAUGCAGAUUGUGGGUCCUUCUGACGGUUCUAACUACAUAAUAGAUUAUUAUGGUGCAAGGCUUACCAGGCUGAGUAUUACGAAUGAUACAUAUAGAAAACCUCAAAUGUACCCUUAAUGUUGCCAGAGUUCACUUACUUUAUUUGAGUGUGAGAAGAUGCCUGCGUAUGAAAUGAUGGAAGAGCGUCGUCUUCAGAGGACUGAGAAGUUUCAUCAACUCUUUUGUCAUCAGCUCUUUGUGCACAAAGGAAAAAUAGUAGGCUGUGUUUAUUAUACACUCUGCUGAUCACACAAAAGGAGUUAGAACCCUUGCGCCUACUGUAACCUUAUUGAAAAGAAGACAAUGACUUAUCUUUUAAACUGUGUGGUAAAUAAAAGCAACCAAUGGACUUUUAAUGAUGAAUGCAUCAUGAACUGCUGCACAAAAGACUUUAUACAAGUUGUGAAAAAGGCGUGUGGAUAUAAAGGGAAAAACAAGAAGAAAUUACCUCAACACUCAACAUCCCUUUUCCUACUGCUAUUUAAAAAUGAGCAAAGGAGAAAUCACACACAAAAAUGUGUUGUUGUGCAGAUGUACCAGGUUCCAGCUCAUUCACUCCCCCCCCCUCCCUCACAUCAAGUACAUUCUGUCCUUUUGGCAGUAAGUUGAUGGGAUAUUUAGAAGCUGCGAACUGUUCUGAAAGUUUCACAUAGUGGGUUAUGGGCCAUGUGUGUUUGAUCAAAAUUCAAUUACUGCACUGCGCCAGGCUUGGAAACCUAUCAUUGCAAGUUAUGAAGUAUGACGAAAUAAGCUUCUCUAAUUGGUUCAGUAUGGGGAGCAGUCUCAACCAAGCUUGUUAUGAUAAAUAGCUUCCUAUGUUAAAGGUUCUCCAGAGCUUAAGUGUCUUGGCUCACCUCCUUCAAUAGAAUAAGAAUAUUGUUCCCUAGGAACAUUUACAUCAUUGUCUUUUUUCCCAGGUUGGAAUUAAAUAUUUGUAGCAUUUUUAUCUUGCUGUUCUUGAGGAAUCUAAACAUAAAUACAUGUCACUUCUCCAAUCAUAAAAUAUCUUGUGUCCAUGUACACAACUGGUUAUUGGUAAUGUCACUUUUGUCAGCUUGGAAGAUCUUAGCUGUUGUUUAAAGUCAAAACCACUUUACAAGCCCUUUAAAAAUUGAGGUCGAAUGCUCUGCAACUCCUAGCUUAGAUUUGCCGCUACUAAAAGUGUUCCACACAUGGAUAUUUUUUUUUUAGUAGAUUUCUGUUAUGGAAAUAGUCUCUGAUUUAGUUCUACAAAGGUAGAACUAAAGAAGUCUCAAGCUACUAUACGUGUCUGUAUUGUGGUGUUUCAUGUGCACAGAUGCCAUUUCAGCAUUGAGAAAAAGGUAUAAAAUAUAUUGUUUUUCUGCUUCUUUGGUUAAGAAACUAGAGAAAAAUAAGCCUUGUCCUUCCCUUUAGUAAUUUGUCAAAUUAGUUAUCUGAAUAGGUCAUUUCUUUUUUCCUAUAGUAAUUUAAUACACUGUUAUCCAGGUUUCAUUUGUUUUAUGAGCUUUGAUCUCAUCAUAGUUUGCCUUUAUAUUUAAAUGUCCUCUUUAACCUUCUGCCAAAAGAUGUGUGUAAUGCUGAAGUCGGCAUUUUCAGCAUGUACUACAUUUGCUGCAAAAUUUCAAUUUUAUAAACCAUUCUCCUUAGUCAUCACUUAAUCAAGUGAUGACUAAGUGCAGCAAUAUAAAAUUAAAGGGAGGAAAACUUGAUACAAUAAACGUCUAAUCUACAUCCGGGUGAAGAUAAGAAAUAUAUACUCCCAUUGUUUUUCAAAGUAGAAUGGGAUCAAAUAUUUUAGAAUGGUUGAUAGGGGAAGAUGCAUAAUGGAAAAUAUUGGGCAGAUGAUGCGUUUUUUUAGAACAAAACUCGGAAGAAUAUUGUAUUACAUUUUUUAAUAACAAUUCCACCAGAAGUAACUUUACCUUUAAAAAUAGAAUAUGAUGGCAGGCAUUUAUGUUAAACCUCCUUCUAGCAAAUCAGCUUUUUUUUUUGUAUUGAAUCUCACUUGAUUGAAUAGCAUUGAGGUUGCCAGAGUAUAUGCUAUUAUCAAUGUACAGUAAUUAAGGAAAUAGUCCUUGUCACUCGAACAGCAUCCAGGCUGUGCCUGCUGUAAUAAAGUUAAAUGAUAAAGAAAUCUCUUUAAAUAAAGUGCAGCUACUGGAGCAUGGUUACUCUUGAAAUGCAGUGGAACAGUACAGUGGAAAAUUACUGCUGAUAGGAAAAUAUGCCCACUGAACACAAUAUAAGGGCUUCUUAAAUAUCUAAGUAGAUAACAUACAUAAUCUUCCAAUUUAAAGAUAAAUAUGUUAAUCCCUCAUGUCCAAAGAGUGACAAGCUUGGCACACAUUAAUCUUGUAUUUGAUCUUCAAAUUAUUAAUUAAGAAGUGAAUCAUUAGAACCUAGAAAUGUUUUGAAACCUAUGUAUAAAAUGUACAAAUUGAGUGUCGUCAUAUGCUUAUGGGUUAAGAUCCUAUACGUUUUAUUAUAAAGUAUCAAUACCUUCAAUCUUAAGGCCAUCUGAACCUGACAUAAAUUAUAAUACAAACAAUGUUUCCUCCAAAGUUAGGCCUUCCACAUGAACAUAUUUUUUUCCACAUCAUUGUAACUAACCAUGUCUUAGCUGAAAAGAUAAAUAACUGGACCUCAUGUGAACAAUAGGAUGUGGAUACCUGUAAACAAGCUUUCAGCUUGCAAGUUUUUGAGAUGAGGAUGGCAUUAAGACCUAUUCUGAGAGCUGUAUCUGGGAAAUGUAGAUGCCCAGGGAAUGAGUAAUUCAGGGUAAAGAGCAAGGGGUUUCUUUUGCUAAUGGAAUGCACCGUGAAACAUUUACAGUAGAUGUCAUCAUAGAAAUGAUUCCAAGAUGUGUUUCUUAAAAUAUCUAUGACUCUUCUCAAAUUGUUUAGCUUUUGCAAAAAGAAGAAAUGUUGUUGGGAGUCUAGGCUUCUGAGAACGGUGGUUGGGCCAUAGCUUCCACCUGGGAGACUAGAAGAAAGUAGCCUGAAUCUCAUCUGGCAUUAGCCAGAUUUUCUACAGACUCUGUUCUUGAAGAUACAUCGGCAUUCAGGUUUUUUAUUUUCUCUUUGUGGUAUUCUUCAUCUGGGUUUGCCUGAAAGCAAAGGCUUUGGUAUUGCAGGUGCAUUGAGAUAUGCUAGAUCAGCUGCCUAACCUUCCAGAUGAGAUUUGAUACUUUCUCCCUAAUGGAAUGAAUAAUCAUAAUGCCAUUUUCCCCUCUUUGUAGAAAAAAAAAUUGCUGAGGGCCUGGUUUCAUAAAUAUUUAUUUUAUUAUUUAUUCUGUUUAUGAAUGUUAUCUGUCUUUUAUGAAGCCAGAAUGGAUCUUUUCUCUACUGAAUUAUUCCUAAAGUUUGAUCUUUUGGGGGGAUGUAGGCUCCUUGGGCAGUCUACAUGAGAGCAUUAUGCUCUUGGAAAUAUGUAUUCCUUAAUAAAUCAAAUUACGUGAUUUAAAACGUAGUAAUUUGCUAAAUAUUCUUCAUACUUUAUGCUGGGAUUAAGAUUAAUGGAUUACUAGCUUUGAUAUGUUCAUCUAGUGCCAUAUUCUGGCUUUGACCACUUCCAGAGCAUUUUGGCAGCUGAACAUGAGUAACGAAUCAUGUGCUGACAGCUAAGGUGGAGAAAACCUUUCUGUCACUUUAUACUUGCCAUGGGGUCAGAUGAGUAUGAAAAUAUAAUAGCAAUAGCACUUAAUAGAAUAUAUCACUUCAUAGUACUUUACAGCACUCUCUAAUCGGUUUACAAAGUUAGCAUAUUGCCCCCAACAAUCUGAGUCCUCAUUUUACUGACCUUGGAAGGAUGGAAGGCUGAGUCAAUCUUGAGCUGAUCAGGGUUGAACUCCUGAUCAGGUUGGCUGUGGGUAGAGUUUGCCGGCAAUACGGCAUUCUAACUGCAGCUCUUAAGACACUGUUGUAUUCCCUCCGAUCACACAUUAUUAUAAUUCUCUUCUUCUGUUGUGAUACAGAAUAUAUGGCAAGACCAAUAGGUUUAAUCAUGAUAAGUAAUAUUCAGAGUUUUGUCUAUUCUGGUAAAAAAAAAUCCCACAGAUUUUCAUUUUACCAAAUUCAGAGACCCUGAAUACAACUAUGAAAAUCUUUUAAGGACUGUAGCUUUCAAAACAAUUCCAAAGCAUAUGUUGUUAACCACAUGUUUAGGCUGUAAUUAUUUUUCUAUUGUGUAUUUUCAGAGGUUUUUGUAAUGGCAUUCAGUACUGUGCACUGCUAUUGAAGCAGGUGUGUUUGUGUGUGUAAAAUACAUGUAGCACAAUUGUAACUAUUAGAACUGGUGGGGUUGAGGAUACAGUAGCAAAAUUUAUAUACAGAAUCAAGGGUAAAGAAAGUUAACCUUCAUCCCAAAACAGAGUUGGAAGAAUGCCUUUGAGAUCAGCACAACAAUACAACAAUAGGCUUAGAAGUUGCAUUUAUAAAUGCAAGAGCAAAAGGGCAAAGUGAACCAGGCAUGACUUAAGAGUAUCAUGAAAUAACUCUUCUGUAAUUAGGUUAAUCCAGUUCUUAAAGCAGAACACUUCCUUUAACUCAGUCUUGUGCAGAAGUUUGGGAAAAAAUAUGGCUGCUUGAAUAGGUGCUGCACUCACAAAGUACCUCAGAAUUGUUUUCAAUUUCAAAUUAUUUAUUCCAAAAGCAGCUAGCCUUGGAAGAGACUGGGCUCACACAAGAUCAACUCAGGACUGUUUAACCCUUUGGUUGUUAAUAAGACAUAAUGAAUGAGUUCACACAUCACACACUGGGCCCAGCAAUUGCACCACAUGAUAGUUUAGAGUUCUGUGUGGAUUGGCAAAGGGUAAGCAGAAUUUAUAAAACUGCAGUGGCUACAGGGAAAGUGAUUUAGAUCUCUUCGUAGCAUAGGGAUACUGGAAUGGGCCAAAUAUACCUGCAGAAAUGAGCCUUAACUUUUAAAUUAUGUUAAUCUGAGAACAGAUGCUUUCUUUUCUAGAGUUACAAGAUGCACCUAUUUGUUAUUUCAAGGGCAAAAGAAACAUUAAUCCAAUUAAAAGUGAGGUGGUAGCUUUUGGCCUUAUUUCUUCAAUAAAGAUAAUUCUGAAAGAAGAAUGUCGACCGUCAGCCACAAUAAGUGCUGUUAGAGUAAUGAGUCUCCUGUUAGAUUCACUUCGCACCUCACCAACAAAAUAAGCACACAUAAUAUACAUGGGAUUUUUCUAAUUUAUUUAUUUAAGAAAGAUGGAGCAAACUUUAUGCAUGAUAUGGUUUCCUUGCAUAGGUAAGAUUCAAGCAGGGUUCCCUGGAUUUUCUCUAUGUACUAUCAAACUAAAAUGAUUCAUUCCAACUGCUACAGCUCUCCCAUAGAUUAGACAGCAAAACAAGCAGAAAUGCAGUACAAAUGGAUUGUUUCAUUUGCUGUUGCUGUACUUCUUGCCAGAGGAAUGACUGGAGCUUUAGAAGCAAAUGGGGGGGAGUAAUUUUCCAUGAAUGAGUGUAAAAGUGGAGCUAGUGCAAACAUACCAUAUUUUUCGGAGUAUAAGACGCACCUUUCCCCCCCCAAAAUGGGGUGAAAAUUUGGAUGUGUCUAAUACACUGAAUGUAGCCCCGCCCACCCACUAGCAACCAUCCUUUGGCCUCUGCCUCCCAGCAAUUUGCCUCCUUACAGCAAGCAGCAAGAAGAAACAGCCGAUUUCAGCUUUAGCACAGCCUAAUUCGCACAAGUUGAUUGUCCUUGGAUCGGCCUCCCGACUCUCAGCUGUUUCAGGCUGCAUGGAUUGCCAUUGCCUAUUGCUGCAUGGGCCUCUGCUGCUUGCUGCAAGGAGGUAAAUUGCUGGGAGCAGAUUUUUUUUCCUUGUGUUAAUCAAGCUAUGCUGAAAAAAAAAUGAAAGUAAAGCAGGCUAUUUGCUGUUUGGUGCAACAAGGAAAAAUUGCUGGGAGGCAGAUGCAGAGGCAGAUUUCUUUUCCUUGUUUUCCUCACCAAAAAUGGUAGGUGCAUCUUACAGUCCGGAGCAUCUUAUACUCCAAAAAAUACAGUAAGUCAGAAGUUCGGUGUUUGUCUAAUUCUCGUAUUAAUGUUUUUGAAACAAAACAAAACAAAACAAAAAUGCAGACCUUUUAUAAAUAUAUGAAUUUGAGGCAGUAAUAGAUUGAAGGGAAAUCCAGAACUUCUAAGUGAUAUCUGGGUAGGGGCAGCAGAGAUUUUUACCUUUCAGUUCUUAAUAAUAAUGAUAAUAAUAAUAAUAAUAAAAUUGGGCUGUUAAAAUGAAGGUAAGUGAAUGGUGCUUUGUAUGCUGAACUUAUACAGGUGUGUCUUGCCACCAAUUUUUCAUCUAACUUUUAUUUUGCAGCUUACAUUUUAAAUGUCAAGGAGAAUUCUGCAAAGUUCAAAGUCUUUAUUAAUAUCCAUAAUAUCAGGGUCUUCAUCUUUGGAUCCCUAAGUAUUUUUUUUCCCCAUUAGCACUACUCAAUGCUGUUAAAGAUUUUCUGGAUUAGUUGAAACCAUCAAGGGUCUCCAACCUUGACAACUUUAAGAUUUGUGGACUUCAAAUUCCAGAAUUCCCCAGCCAGCAUGGCUAGCGGGAAGUAAGCCUAGUGAGCAUGGCUGACUGGCUGGGGAAUUCUAGGAAUUGAAAUCCAAAGUCUGAAAGUUGCCAAGGUUGGAUAUUCCUGAUUUAGAGCUAAUAUGAAAUUAAAGUUGCUGGAUUUUUCCUUCCAUUCAAUGUAAAACCACAGCUUUUUCUUUCUAAUGCAUUAUUAAAACUUCUACAUUACUGUUUGCCAGUCUGAGAAAACUGACACUUUCUCAGUUCUUAAUCCAGGUGUCAUUUUAAGUUGUAAAGACAAAUGAUGCAGCACAGAGGGUGGGAAAAGAAACACCUUAAACUGAAAUGAUAACUACAAAUAGGGCUAUUUAUUCAAAUGAACUAUUGGACGUAUAUUAGUUCAUCUCUGUGAACAGACUUGAUCUUACCUGAUCCCAUAAUCUAGGAUCAAAACCAUGGUAUCCAUGUAGUUACAUUGGUCUAUAAUAGUAUCCUGUUUUGUAUGUGUGCGGGGGGCGGGGGAGUGAAAUCCAUUUAAUAAUGAAAGAUAAUCUUGUUCACAUUAGCUUCCUUUCUUUUUUUUUCAGAGUUUUUGAUAUACAAAUUGAUUAGGUAUUGAUCAAGUCAGUUUUAGUGGUGAUGGCUUAGAUCAGAGGUGUCAAACUUCCAUUGUCACGACAGCAUCACGUGACAUAUUGUGACUUCCCCCCCCGCUUCGCUAAACCAGAUGUGGGUUUAGCAUCCAACCCGCUGGCCGCGAGUUUGACAGCCCUGGCUUAGAUAGAUUUUUCUCCAUGGUGACCUGUCCCUAAUCUAGUCUUUUAGGUCUUUAAAUAGUGUAUUCAUUGCUUCUGUGACUGAAUUGCUGGUCAUUCUCUUCUUUUUCUCUUUUUUUUCACUUUCUACAGCAUUAGAGUCUUCUCUAAACAGGUUGCUCUAUGAUGUUUAAUAAUUUGAGCCUGGUCAUUUGUAGUUUGAGUCAGAACUCAGAUUUGUUUGAUGAACAAUGCUUGCUUAAUUUCCCUCUAAAUUUUCUUCAUUUAUUUAUUUUGUCACAACGUUAUAUAUAAGCACAUAUAAUGAAAAAAAAAACAAUAGGACAGGAACGGUAGGCACUUUUGUGCACUUAUGCACGCCCCUUAUAGUCCUCUUAGGAAUGGGGUGAGGUCAAUGGUAGACAGUUUUUGGUUAAAGAUUUUGGGAGUUUGAGAAGAGACCACAGAGUCAGGUAGUGUGUUAGUGCGUUAACAACUCUGUUACAAAAGUCACAUUUUCUGCAAUCAAGAUUGAAGCGGUUAACAUUAAGUUUGAAUCUAUUGUUUGCUCUUGUAUUAUUGCGAUUGAAGUAGUCUUUAACAGGGAGGACAUUGCAAUAGAUGAUUCUGUGUGUUAAACACAGGUCGUGUCUCAGUCGGCAGAGUUCUAAGUUUACUAAUAUAUAAUAUAAUAAUAAUGAUAAUAAUAUCAUU